AUGGCUUCACCUCAUCGAUAUCGAUUCGUAGUCCCUAUGGUCGUACUAGCCGACAUUAAAGGCAAAAUAUACAGGCUCACUACACACUACACGAUUACGAACGAUGAGCCUACUCUCGAUUUUAAACCACUAACCAUUAGAUUCAACGGGCAGUUAUUGUGGGAAAGAUCUGCCAACCUUUCACAAAAGAUUGAUCUCGAUACGAUAACAAGUUGUUCGACCGGUCAAGGAACGUUCACAGGGCACAGUCCGAUAAACGUUGAGAAGAAAGGCCAGAACAAGUGA